AUGGCGAGCCCACUCGCGCUCUCCCUCCCGCCCCCACUCCGCCACCUCUUCUCUCUCUUCCCCCUCUACACACAUCCUGAAAUCUCCUCCCCCGACAAAGCGCGCCCGGUCACCUCUCCCACGCUCUGGAUACAGGAACCCUGGAGCCCUAACGCCGAUGUCCUGAGUAGCGACGUCGAAUGCCUCAAGUGGCAGGCCUACCUUGCCCUUCGCGGUCUCUCCGACAUCGUAGUACGAUGGGACAUCGCCCUUGACGGUGCGCUGGAAGCCCGGCUACCCAACCUCCACGUACCCCUCCGGACACUCCCCGGCGCAUCGCCGGAAGUCAAGGCGCAGGAUGACGGGGAGGGCGAGCUCUUGCCUGCGCAUCUGAUUCCAGAAUGGGUAGAUGGCCAGAUUGGCUCUUUGAACGAUCUGGAGGGCUAUGUGGACGUCGCGGCUAGGGACGAAAGCCGCGCGUGGGUUGCGCUCUUGGAGGGUAAUGUGCAUGCUGCGCUGGUGCGUCUCAAAUUCCGUGGAACUCCAAGUGAUAUGCUUAUGGUCUCCACGCCCUCCUUCUUGUCCCUGAUCUCGCCGUACCAACACAAACCACGACCUCUGGAGACUAUUCUCCCGCAUCCACCCGCGACUCUUUUCGGCAUUAGCUCGCUGCUUCCUCCAUACGGCACCCACGUCAACGUGGAGACGGUAGAACAGCAGUACAAGGAUGCUAUCGCCUCGCUCUCUGAGCGGUUGGCCACGGAUAAGUGGUUCCUGGGCUCGUCGGCCCCAACCGCAUUGGACGCGCUCGUGUUCGCCUACCUCCACUGCAUUCUGCACUCGAAGGAACAUACACUCCGGUUCGAGGUCACCCGGCGCGUCAACCUGGUCGCCUGGGAGCGGAAUGUGCAAACCCAAGUCCGCAGCGCGUUCCGUCCGCGUGACGCUAUCAAUGCAUGA